AUGUUAAUUACUAAAUUUAAUAAGCCUAUUGUUAAUGUUAGUAAUAGUAUUAAAUCGAAUAUUUUGAAUACAAAUGAUAAAGUCAUUUCAGAAUUUAUUUCAUUAAAGGCAACUAUUUCUCCUGGAAUUUCUGCAAAUUCAUAUAUUGAAGUUGAGAAAUUGCAGAAAUUACUUAUUAGCCGAAAAGAUGAUAUUGAUUGUAUAUUAAAAUCACAGCCUGUGUAUGCCAUAGGAAUUGAUUUUCAAAAAAAUUCUACUAAUCCAUGUAUUGCCUGUUGGGUUGCUGAGCCUCUUGAUAUAACAAUUCUAGAAUGUCUUGAAAAUAUGUUUGAAGAUCAGUUUGAAAUUUAUGUUGAUUCUAUUGUAAAUGCUGAAGUUAUAAAUUUAGGUAUCGUUCAAGAUUUUAAUAUCACUGCUAGUAUUUGGGCAAACACCGCUCCUUUUGAAGAGGAUGUCGGAAUUCUAAAUUAUGAAAUUAAUGUAAAUGGUUGUGGAAUAGGAGAUAUGCUUAGUAAUAAUUGGCCAUUACUAAAAAGGAUAGGUUUUGGUUAUUUUCUUCAUUCUAUUGAAGUUAAUAUUUCACCAAUACCUGAAAAAAAAAUACGAAAUUUCCACCCAACAGGCAUAUCACAACCAACACAAUCAAAUCGAGAAAUUGAAUUUUUAACAGCUAAUGAAAAAAAUAUUAAUUUACAAGUUGGAACAUCGAGCGGCAGUAUAGCUGGUAUAAAUGGUGGAAUAAAAAAGGUUCAUAAUACCAAAUUCUCAUCAAAUGAAUGGAAAUUAUCUUAUAAAGGUCCUAAUACUAAAGGGGAGCGUUGGUUAUAUCAAUACGUUGAUAAUAACCUUGAUAAGGAUGGCAGCAAUAGAGAAAGUUUUGCCCCUGGACCCCAUUCUGGUCAGUGGCUUACUAAGAAAGAGAUGCAAGGAUUUUGUAUUACUAUUACUCAAAUAGUACGCUGCGAGGUUACCCAUGGUUGGCGUAGAUUCCUUCAUCAAACAAAACCAAAGUUAUUGCAACUUUGCCCAAUGAUGUCUCAUAGCCUUAAAAUAACCUUUAAUGAUCUUAAAGACUUUAAUGCAAACUUAACAAAACUCAACAAAACUUUUUAUACUAAUAAUGACAACAUUUACAUUAAUGUUGGAGGAAAUGAAGUAGAAAAUAUUAACAACGAUGAAAACCAAAAAAUUAAGAAUUUAAAUGGAGAAAUCAAGCGAUCGUUUGUAAUUUUAUAA